AUGUUCGAGUUGCCGCUCGAUCGCGGCAGCAACGACGCUUCGCGUCCCGAUCCAGUGCGCGCACCAUCGCCCGAUCGACCUGUAGUGACGCCAACAUCGGCGACGCUCGAUGAGAAUGCAUACAUCACCUCAAUUCAACAAGAAACUGGUCUACAUUUGGCGAUGGACACCAGAGUAAGGAAAGCGUACGAGAAGCACGGCUCGUAUGGGCUGUUCUCGCUGUUCGUCACGGCUACACUGAGCGAAAGCAUCCGCGGGUGGACUUCGACUAAGUUAGAAGCUGCGUGGAAGAAACCUUUGACCGAGAGCGAACUCAAUGCGUACCUGGGGCUCGAGAUAGCGAUGAGCUUGUGCCCACUCAACGACAUCGCCGACUUUUGGUCUACGGACCGGUUCCUCGGGCAGCCGGCCCAUGACACGCGACCGCUUUCAGCAUAUUUGGGAGGCACUGCAAUUUCACGCGCCGGAACCAGUCACAUUCAAGUCCGUGCGUGA